AUGAAUAGUGCGGAUCCCUAUAGUUAUUUACUUACCUUUCAUCCCGACAUUACUGAUAAUUUCUCCGCACUAGUAGCUUCCAUGAAACUCCACGCAGCGACUCCCAAGCUUGAAUUACCGACAUUUUCUCCCACGACGUCCAUCGAUGAUGCCGUCUCUUCUUUAGAGACGUGUCUUGCUUCCGUCAAACGUGCUGAAGUGACACGUAAGAACUUUUUAUCAGCGAUCAAUCAGACUAUUGCGUCUCUCAAAGACAUCAACUUCUUAUUAACUGAGACCAAGCGGCAGUGUAUCUCCGACGGUCUUAAAAACGACGCCUUUAACGACUCCGUCGUCGACGCUUUAAUCCAAAAAGAGCGCCAGCGCUAUGAAGAAGAAGUGAAGACCAAUGUCUUUCGCAAGGCCCAGCUCGAGAUGAUUUAUUUACAGAAGGAGACGGCGCUCUCUGAAAAGCGUGUGUCCCAUCUCCCUUUCAAGUCCGAAGACUCCAAACUCGAUGCUCUUGUGAAGACCGACGACCUUGAAAAUCCCGACUUGAACGACUUCUCAAUUCCACUUGAAUUAGACAAAGCAGAGCUUUCCAGUGUCUCCCAGUCGUCCAAAAAAGUCGAUUUCAAAAAAUUUGAUAAAAUUGAAAAAAUCGAGGCGCUCGAGAAAGUCGCGAAGCGGCGCCCCCGUAGACUCUCCGCUAACGUCAAUCGGAAGCCGCGAGAGUUGAAGACAACGUCGGCGUACGACAACAGUUUGAUAUCGGUAGAACAUCGACAACAGAUCACCGCGUGGUGUUCGAAGUGCGUUGGGGAUGUCAUAUUUGAUAGUAAUAUAGACGCUAUAGGAAAGGGAAGUAAAGCAUUCAAUCAAAGAGUCUUUCAUAGAGAAAAUGGAAUUGCUCUUUUCAUCUUCGACGACGAGAAGAACAUCUUUGGGUGCGUUGUGACUAAGAGCAUCGAGUCGGAGGAUAUCACUGUGGAGGACGAAAACGCUUUUGUCUUCUCGUUGAUGAGGAACGGAGAGAAGUGCGCUAAAAAGUUCAUGAUCAAAAAAGAAGAAGCAAAGAACGCGAUCUUUGUUGGGAAAAAAAUGAACGUCGGACUCUUCUCUGUGGGAAAUGACGAUAUCAGAAUUAACAGAAAAUUCCACGAAAAUACUGUCUCGUUCUGCGCUCAAAACGCUUUCGACUACGGAGAAGAAAAGGAGGCACUCUGCGGAAAGGUAAUCCCUAACUACUUCGCACUACAAAGACUCGUCAUCGCAGAACUUAAAUAA